AAUCUGCAAGAAGGUUGUAUCCAAGUACAAGUGUCCUUCGUGUAUUCUUCCUUACUGUUCAUUGGCUUGUUUCAAGAUACAUAAAGAGACUCCAUGUGCUAAACCUUCUUCAACAGAGGAUAAUCCAGCUUCUCCACCAAAGGAAGUCCCUGAGGAAAGACCAGUACAUGUUGAGGAAGCUACUAAUGAUGUUGUUGAAAAGACACAGCAUAAGGCUAUUGCUGCGUCUCCAGCCAAGGAAGUUCCGGUAGCAAGACCGUUACAUGUAGAGGAAGAAAAGUUUGUUUUAGAGAAGGCACAGCUCGAGGCUAUUGCUUCUUCUAGUGAAAUCCGAGAUGCUUUAAAGGAUGAAGCCCUUCAGAAACUCAUCUACAAUAUUGAUAGUUCUUCCAACCCAUUACAGGAACUCGAUCAAGCGAUGGGGGUUGAAGCUUUCCGCGAAUUCACAGACAAGAUUCUAUCAAACAUUUCCAAGAGUAAAUGACAAGCAGUGAUCGAAGUCUCUUGAGAACAUAAGUUCCACAAGUAUUCUUGCUUAGUGUGUUUGUUACAGUUCAAGUGAAAUGUUUAUUGGCUAUAAAAAACGACGUCGCCGUUUUGGUGUAUCUAACAUCUCUUCUGUGGCGUACCUUGCAACAUGUACAUGUAUAUAUUGACUUCCCUAGAUAAUGACAUUUACAGAAA